UCCUGCAGCUGCCUCCCAGGCCCGUCCAGGGCAGAAGUACGCUGUGGGUUGCGACGGGGUCUCGCGCCCCAAAGGAACCCAGGGGCAGGUCCCGCCCGCCCGCGCCCAUGACCAACAUGAGCUGGAGCUUCCUGACGCGGCUGCUGGAGGAGAUCCACAACCACUCCACCUUCGUGGGCAAGGUGUGGCUGACGGUGCUGGUGGUGUUCCGCAUCGUGCUGACGGCCGUGGGCGGCGAGGCCAUCUACUCGGACGAGCAGGCCAAGUUCACCUGCAACACGCGGCAGCCGGGCUGCGACAACGUCUGCUACGACGCCUUCGCGCCGCUGUCGCACGUGCGCUUCUGGGUCUUCCAGAUCGUGGUCAUCUCCACGCCCUCCGUCAUGUACCUGGGCUACGCGGUGCACCGGCUGGCGCGGGCCUCGGAGCGGGAGCGGCGCCGCGCGCUCCGCCGCCGCCCGGGCCCGCCCCGCGCGCCGCCGCCGCCGCCGCCGCCCGGCUGGCCCGAGCCCGCCGACCUGGGCGAGGCCGAGCCCAUCCUGGGGCUGGCGGAGGCGGAGGAGGCGGAGGCGGAGGCGGAGGCGGAGGAGCCGGGCGCGCCCGAGGCCCGCGGCCAGGACGAGGCGCCGGCGGCCAAGGCGGGGCCCGCGGCCGGGGCGGGCGCGGCGGGGCCGGCGCAGCACGACGGCCGGCGGCGCAUCCAGCGCGAGGGCCUGAUGCGCGUGUACGUGGCGCAGCUGGUGGCGCGCGCGGCCUUCGAGGUGGCCUUCCUGGUGGGCCAGUACCUGCUGUACGGCUUCGAGGUGCCGCCCGCCUUCGCCUGCGGCCGCCGGCCCUGCCCGCACGUGGUGGACUGCUUCGUGUCGCGGCCCACGGAGAAGACGGUCUUCCUGCUGGUCAUGUACGUGGUCAGCUGCCUGUGCCUGCUGCUCAACCUCUGCGAGAUGGCGCACCUCGGCCUGGGCAGCGCGCAGGACGCCGUGCGCGGCCGCCGGGCCCCCGCCGCGCCGCCGGCCCCGGGCCCCGCGCCGCGCGCGCUCCCGCCCGCCGCCCCGGGCCUGGCCGCCGCCCCGGGCCUGGCCUGCCCGCCCGACUACAGCCUGGUGGUGCGCGCCGCCGAGCGCGCGCGCGCGCACGCGCACGACCAGCACCUGGCGCACCUGGCCCUGCAGGCGCUGCGGGACGGGGCGGCCGGGGACGGCCCCGCGCUGCCGGCCGCGUCCCGGGCGCCGCCCCGGGCCGGGGCCCCGGCCUCCGGGACCGGCAGCGCCACGUCGGGGGGCACGCUGGGGGAGCAGGGUCGGCCGGGCGCCCGGCCCAGGGCCGGCUCCGAGAAGGGCAGCACCGGCAGCAGGGACGGCAAAGCCACCGUGUGGAUCUGA